CCAAACCGGAUAUAAGAAGUAUUUUGAAGAGAGAAGGAGAGAGGGAGCUGCUGCUGCUGCUGAUCUGAGAUCUACAGACUGUAAGAGAGGAGAACAAAGUGUGUUUUGCACGGACAAAAACGCAUGAAACCAGCCAGCAUGUGUGCGUUAAGAGUUGUAGUCUGCAGAGCGCUUUGCAGCGUCUCUAAAACACGUCUCCUGAGGAUGACCAUCCAGAAUGGGCCGGUGAUAUCUGCCAGAGAAUGCUCUCAGGCAGGCAAUAAGAAAAACACACUGAGAUGGGACCUGACCCCGGAUGACAUCAGGACCACGACGGACAGCCUGAUCAACAGAGUGAAGGCCGUCUAUGAUGACGUUGGAGCUCUAAAGAUAGAAAACGUUUCUGUUGAAAACACCCUGAAAGCCUUGGCUCAUGCCAAACUGGAUUAUGCAUCGUCGCUCCAUGCCCUUGAUUUCCCCCAGUACGUCUGUCCCUCUAAAGAGGUUCGGACGGCGAGCACAGAGGCAGACAAGAAGCUGUCUGAGUUUGAUGUGGAGAUAAGUAUGAGGGAAGAUGUGUUCAAGCGAAUUACAGCCUUGCAGAAAAAGCUGCAGGACGACCUUUCACCCGAGGAAAAGAGAUUCUUAGACAGACUUGUUACAUUAGGCAAGCGAAAAGGACUGCACCUGUCUAAAGAUAUACAAGAGGAAAUAAAAAGAACCUCCAAGCUAAUAAGUGAACUCUCCAUAGAGUUCAACCAGAAUCUGAAUGAGGACAACACCUUUCUUGUUUUUUCUGAGCAGGAUUUGGGUGGGCUAGCUGAUAGCUAUCUCAAUGGACUGGACAAAACUGCAGAUGGGCGGUAUAAGGUGACACUUGAAUAUCCCCAUUACUACCCCCUGAUGAAGAGGUGUCACAAUCCUGAAACCAGGAGGAAGAUGGAAACAGCUUUUCACAGCAGGUGUAAGGAGGUUAACACGGCGAUCCUCGAACAAUUGAUACAGCUAAAGGCAAAGGUUGCAGACUUACUUGGUUACAGUAGCCAUGCCAACUAUGUCCUGGAGAUUAACAUGGCCAAGAAUGCAAGCAAUGUGUCUGACUUUCUAGAUACAUUCUAUGAAACACUGAAGCCCAUUGGAGUUAAGGAGAGGAAAUAUAUUCUCGCACUAAAGAAGCGGGAGUGCUUGAUGAAGGGCAGCCCGUUUGACGGACAGAUCAAUGCCUGGGACUUACCCUACUACAUGAACCAAGUGGAGCAGUGCAAGUUUGCAGUGAACAAGGACAAACUGAUCGAGUAUUUCCCGCUCGACGUGGUGACAGAAGGACUGCUUGGUAUCUACCAGGAGCUGCUGGGUCUCACCUUCACAGAGGUGGAACGUGCUCACGUGUGGCAUGAAAAUGUCAAGCUUUAUUCAGCCCGGGACACUGAAACGGGAGAGGAGAUCGGCCAGUUCUACCUGGACUUACAUCCGAGGGAAGGAAAGUACGGCCAUGCAGCCUGCUUCGGGCUCCAGCCCGCCUGCAGAGGACCUGAUGGGAAACGCCGCAUUCCGGUGGCGGCUAUGGUGGCUAACUUUACCAAGCCCAGAAAAGGUUGGCCGUCUCUCCUCCAGCACCAUGAAGUGGAGACUUAUUUUCACGAGUUUGGUCAUGUGAUGCACGAGCUCUGUUCUAAGACCACUUUCUCAGAGUUCAGUGGAACCCUGGUGGAGACGGACUUUGUGGAGGUGCCUUCACAGAUGCUGGAGAACUGGGUUUGGGAGAAGGAGCCUCUGAGAAGAAUGUCUCGCCACUACAAGGACGGCACCCCGAUCCCAGACAAUCUGCUCGACAAACUGAUAGCAUCUAGAGUCGCCAACACUGGACUGAUGAACCUGCGUCAGGUCGUCCUCGGUAAAGUGGACCAGUCACUACACACCAGCUCUCGUGCAGAUACAGCUGAGGUGUUUGCAAAGUACUGCCAGGACAUCCUGGGUGUUCCUGCUACGCCAGGUACCAACAUGACAGCCAGUUUCAGCCACUUGGCUGGAGGAUACGACGGUCAGUACUACAGUUAUCUGUGGAGUGAAGUCUACUCCAUGGACAUCUUUUUCUCUCGCUUUAAAAAGGAAGGCAUUAUGAAUCCAGAGGUUGGUAAAGAGUACAGACGGGUGAUUCUGGAAGCUGGUGGCUCUGUGGACGGCAUGGACAUGCUGAAAACCUUCCUUGGACGCAGCCCAUGUCAGAAGGCCUUCUUUCGGUGCAAAGGACUGAUUAAGUCACAGGAAACAGACAUUGUAAAUUAAUAUAUUCUUUAAGAGUCUUUUUGUCAAAGGUAUAUUUUGUCUGGAUGCAAGUGUACGUCUGUAGAAAAAUGGCUUUUCUUGAAGUGUUUUAUUACUGUUUAAUUUUUUUCUACCUGUUGGUAUUUGUUCAAAUGUACAGGAGAUCAUGGAGGGUUUUAAGAUGAUAUGUACAAUUGGCCUUUACGGCAAACUGUUUAACAGGUCACAGGUGUUGCUAAUAACAUUAAGAUAAGAUAAGAUAUACUUUAUUGCCCCCAAGGGGAAAUUAUGCUUGGGCAAUAGUGCUGCACAACGCAGCAAUCAGCUUAAAACAAAUAUAAAUACAUAGGCAUUUACAAAUUAUCAUUGUAAAAAUGCUUUUUUUAGAAGUGAUAUAGCAUUUUCAAAGAAGCUGUUGGAGAUGGAUGUGCAAACAAAAUGGUCAUUGCAUCUUUUGGCGUUCCUGUUUUGCAGCCUCCUCUUAGAGGGCAAGGUUGAAGCAAACAAUACAUCACAUUUCCAUUCAUGUUUUAUUAAAAGAUUGAAAUAUAUAAUAA